CUGCCGUGUAGCGAUUCAAUCGAAUAUCUAUCUCCAUUUCCAUCAUCUCAACCAUGACCCUCCUCCCCUUAACUGCAGCCCCAGCCCCAUAGUCCAAAAUGCUAGACCCUGUCGAGCUGCAACUCUUCCCCUCUUGUCUAAGCUGCCUUGCAUGGUCGGAGGACGGCGAAUUGGCCGUCGCAGCAGGGGAAAAUAUCCAGAUCCUAACCCCCAAAAAAACCAACGAAGACACAGAAGCCGGCUCCAGGCGCAAACCCAGCGCGUGGAACAUCGCGCGCGUGCGCGCAAAUGUCUUCACGAACGAAGAAUGGCCGACGGUGAUGCCUCAGCCGCGAGACGCCUUUUCGCUGGGUCGCGAGCAGUCGGUGAGUAAUGUUGUCGGGCUGGCGUGGUCGUCGCCAGGGCUGGGUAAGUACAGACGGUCGGUGCUGGCCGUGUUGACGUCGAAUAUGGUGUUGUCGUUUUUUGAAACGGUCGGGGCGCAGGAGAAGUGGACGCGUGUGGCGGUUGUCAAUCAGGUGUUGAGGGAGCGGGCAGAGUCGCUGGUGGAAAACGAGGGCGACAGGCUGCGCAAGUCGGCGGUUUCGACGUUUGCGUGGUGUCCGCCACUCAAGGGGGGAGAUGGGGAGAAGGGCCCGGAGAGUCGAUGGGGGGUUCAUUUGCUUUCGGUGGUGACGGAUGAGAAUGAGGUUGUGUUGUUGCGGCCGAGGAGGACAUCUGCUGGGUACUCGAUUGAUGUGCUAGCUGGUGUGGCCCUCCAGGAUUUGGAUCAGGAACAUCCUCGGGUCCAGCCUGGGUCGCUCUUGUCGACGGUGUUCAAGACGCAAAUAAAAUCAUUGGCAAUAGAGUCUGGGCCUUGGUUCUAUCGUUUGGGUGGAAAGGGUGGGAAAGAUGUCUCGUCUGCCACUGGCAAUGUGGCAGUUCUCUAUGGUACAACUGUCAAACUGGUGAAGUUUGAUGUCUCAUUGGCUGUAGACCAAGUCAGAGAACCGUCUCAAUCCCGUUACAAGGUCACGGUUGAUUGUCAUGAGAAUGCUUCUGUUGAAUGGCCAGACAUACGCUCCUACCAUUGCACGGGUCCACUUCAAUGGCUAUACAAGGAGGGUUCUUCUGACAUUCGUCUCGCCGCCGGUACUCUAGGUGGCGUGCUUCUAAUAACACUUCCAUCCGAAGCCUACGAAGGCACAGCUACCAGUCAGCCCCAAGUACAAGAAUCAGUAUUCGAGACAAACGCAGACGACACGGGCCAUGAAGAACGCGGACACUGGGAAGCAACAGGAGCAAUGACCGCUGUAUUCGACGAAGAGACAAACAACCAGAGUCUGCACCUCGGCACCAUCGGCGGAUACACACUCGCCACGAUUCCCUCUGCAGACGAAAGCAACUGGCAGUUCACGGACCCGCCAUGGAAGCAGCAAUUCGACAACAUGCGCGAGCAAUUCGACAUCGACGGCGACCUGGGCGGACUAGCCGUCGGUCGCAUCUGGGGUCUCGCAAACUGUCGCGGCCUCGUCGCCGCAGCAUUCACCCUGAACCCGGGCGAUCUCAUCGAAUACCGAACUGCAGCGGAAGAACGAACGACCAUUUUGUUUUCCCGCGCAUGUACCCAAGCUCGAGAGUUCGAUGACGCUCUCCUCCGUCCAGCAGUGCCGGACCGAUCGCCCAUCUUUCUACGUGCAAGGCGUGAAGAAGUCUUAGGCCACAUCCUCUUCUCCAACGGCGGUAAAUUCGACAAACAACCAUGGGUACCUAAGAUCCUCUACGCCGCUGCAUGCUGCACGAUCGUCGACUCCCAAAACACGAAGCUGCUAUCCCAAGCCCGCAAGGCACUCCAAUGGAUCGCCAAAACGACUGGGGCCGAUCUCGUCGAUGAGAUCGAGAACUGCUCGUCGCCUGGGACAGCAGUGGAUGCUAAAUCGGCAGACCAGCUCGCCGGGCCCGGUCAGCGCGUAUUUGAGAAAUGUGAGAUCUGCGAUGCUGGGAUUGGCUGGUAUUCGGGGCAAGAGGCACAAUGUGCCUCGGGUCACUUAUUUGUUCGAUGUGGAUUGACUUUGCUUUCGAUUCAAGAUCCUGGGGUCUCAAAGUUCUGUUCAAUUUGUGGGACGGAGUAUUUGAAUGAGGAGCUUACGGGUGUUUCGCAUGAUGCCGAGCUCCAAGAGGCGAAUAGGCAUUUAGCGGAUGUGUUUGAUACAUGUGUUUACUGCAAUGGAAAAUUUCGGGAUUAAUUUUUGUGUUUCCCUUCCAGGGGGUUUAU